AUGUCAUUCUACUUUUAUCUAUCUAUCUAUCUCACUCUGUUCAUAUUUCUCUCACUCUAUUCGUAUCUAUCUAUCUAUCUAUCUAUCUAUCUAUCUAUCUAUCUAUCUUUUUUCUUUCUUUAUUUAUUUCUUUUUUCUUUCUUUUUUCUUUCUUUAUUUUUUUCUUUCUUUCUUUUUAUUUCCUUUCUUUCUUUCUUUCUUUCUUUCUUUCUUCAACUGCGGCUAUUACAUUUACAAUCAUAUCUAUUUAAUAUUUUAUUUUUAAGACGGCUUUCAUUUCGGCAAUUUUUCUUUCUUUCUUUCUUUCUUUCUUUCUUUCUUUCCCUCCAUUUUCUUUUUUUCCCUCCAUUUUCUUUCUUUCUUUCUUUCCUUCUUUCUUUCUUUCUUUCACUCCAUUUUAUUUAUUUCCUUUUUUCUUUCAACUCUGUCAAUCUAUCUAUCUAUCUAUCUAUCUAUCUAUCUAUCUAUCUAUUCGUUAUAUGGAACCUUACCACCAAAACUUCCCCAGCGUACUGCUCACCAGAUGCUCGCUACUUACAGUCACCGUGCGCGCUGGAUUGUCGCAGUACUCACUUGCUUCGUCAGUUCAUAUCUAUCUAUCUAUCUAUCUAUCUAUCUAUCUAUCUAUCUAUCUAUCUAUCUAUCUCAGUCCAUUUCUCUAUUUAUCUGUCUCAGCCUAUUUCUUUAUUUAUUUUCUCUCACUUUUCUAUCUCAGUGUAUUUCUAUCUAUCUCAAUUUAUUUCCUUCUUUCUUUUUAUGUAUUUAUCUAUCUAUAUUUCUUCCUUUCUCUCUCUCUCUCUCUCUCUCUCUCUAUAUCUAUCUAUCUAUCUAUCUAUCUCAUUCUUUUUUUUAAUUUAUUUCUCUCUCUAUCUAUCUCACUUUCUUUCACUUGCUCUUUCUUUUUAUCUAUCUCUCUAUUUUAGUCUAUUUCUAUAUCUGUCAGUUUGUUUGUUUCUUUCUUUCGAUCUAUCUAUAUUUCUGUCUCAGUCUGUUUAUUUGUUUCUAUCUACCUCAGUCUAUUUCUUUCGUACUUCCUAUCUAUCUAUCUAUCUAUCUAUCUAUCUAUCUAUCUAUCUAUUUAUCUAUCUAUCUAUCUAUCUAUCUAUCUAUCUAUCUAAACAUAAUGUAUACAUAUAUAUUUUACCAACUGCCAAAAGUAGAUCUAUCUAUCUAUCUAUCUAUCUAUCUAUCUAUCUAUCUAUCUAUCUAUCUAUCCUACUAAUGAAGCCUGUUCAUAUCUAUCUAUCUAUCUAUCUAUCUAUCUAUCUAUCUAUCUAUCUAUCUAUCUAUCUAUUAUGGUAA